AUGCUUAAAGCCAAAAAUAUAUUCAGUUCUUUCAGAGUUCAUGAUUUUAAAACUUCUGAAACAGAUGCAGAUUUCAAAAAAGAGUUAGAAGAAGAAGAAUUUAGAAAAUCUCAGGAUGUAAAGUAUUGGGAAAAAAAGUAUGAAUAUCUUAGGAACAAGAAACUAACCCAGCAUGAUAUAUAUGAUCUCUGA